UUCACUUUGCAACCCCACCUCCCCCAAAGUGCCAUAACGCCUAAUACAAUACCCACCGCUCUCUUCUCUCUGAUCUCGCCACUCUCCCUCAAGUUCAUUGAGUCUCACCUCUCUCACGGCUGGUGUCGCCGUCGCCCUCUCUGUCUCCGGUAUCUCGAAUCUCUCGCGAUCGUUUCGGACUCAAGCUCGCCGCGCUCUGUCUCCAUCGCAAGAUCUGUCGCGCUCUGUCACCAUCGCAAGCUCUGUCGCGCUCUGUCACCGUCGCAAGCUCGUCUUCUUGCUUCGGCCGUCAACGCUCCUUGCAGGUACCCACUGACGAUAGAACCUUCUAACGCAGAUCGAUCUCCUCCUCAUUCUUCACUUUGCCAUGGCCUUUUGCCCAUUGCCUUCGUCUUCUUCUUCUUCCUCUGAUUCUUCAUCCUCGUCUUCCUCGCCGUUUGAGUCUUUCAACAGCGCAAAGUUCUGGAUCCUCCAUGGCAUUAUGGCCGGAGUUGCAGUUGCUGCUGCGGUCGGUGCUCGCGCCUACUGGACUCGGGUCAAGAAAUUCCGGAACCAGGUCGUCGGCAUCAUACCCGCCCGAUUUGCUUCUACCCGGUUUCAGGGAAAGCCUCUCGUUGAGAUUCUUGGUAAACCUAUGAUCCAGAGGACAUGGGAAAGGGCAAAGCUGGCAGCCACGUUGGAUCAAGUUGUUGUGGCAACUGAUGAUGAAAAGAUUGCUGAGUGCUGUCGAAAGUUUGGAGCUGAUGUUGUAAUGACAUCUGAGUCUUGUCGAAAUGGUACUGAGCGCUGCAGUGAAGCCCUAGAGAAGCUUGGUAAAAACUAUGAUAUUGUUGUCAACAUUCAGGGUGAUGAACCUCUUAUUGAACCUGAAAUAAUUGAUGGCAUUGUCAAAGCUUUGCAGGCAACUCCAGAUGCGGUGUUCAGUACUGCAGUCACAUCUUUAAAGCCAGAAGAUGCACUUGAUCCGAAUAGAGUGAAAUGUGUCGUAGAUAAUCGUGGUUAUGCUAUCUAUUUUUCACGAGGAUUGAUCCCAUUCAACAAGUCGGGAAAGGUCAAUCAACAGUUUCCUUAUUUGCUUCAUCUGGGGAUACAGAGCUAUGAUACAAAGUUUCUGAAGAUAUAUCCAGAUCUUCAGCCUACUCCAUUGCAACUGGAGGAAGAUUUGGAACAGCUUAAAGUCCUCGAGAACGGCUAUAAGAUGAAGGUAAUAAAAGUUAACCACGAGGCCCAUGGUGUUGACAUUCCAGAAGAUGUUCAAAAGAUAGAAUCUCUAAUGCGUGAGAGGAACUUGUCUUGAACUCUUGGUUAUGACUAUGAAACCUGCUGAAAACUAACCACUAAAAUCAUCAAGUUUGGAAUUAAAUUUUGUUCUUAUUCGUUUUCCUAAUAGUCAUGCUUGUUUCUAUCCACACAAACUGUGUUUUGUAAUGUAUGUUCACUUGCGAAGUUUGUUCUGUUUUAAUCCAGUAGUAUUUAUAACAUGGAAAGUUGAGUUAUACACAGAUUGUGGUGCACAGAUACCACUUCAGGAAAAAAAGUUGUACGUGGAUUACUUGGUUGAUGCAUCAAUUUUUGUUGUUGGUUUGAUUCAUUUUAUUUCCCCAAAAA